GAGAAAGUCCAGAGGGAAGCAGUGACUUAAAUGGAAACAUGGCAGCCAGAACAGAAUACUAUCUUGAAUCGCUCAUAACUGAUGUUUUUAAGGGAAAAGGAUUUCAGAAAAUAAGUGAGCUCUUUCAAGAAAAAGAAAUUUGUCCUCCUCAAAAAUUUAGUAAACAGCUGUUUAAUCAACUUGACAAAGUGUUAAAAAAGGAGUUGGACAAGAAUGAAUUUCAAAAUGUAUCAGUGCUGUUGAAAUGCAUUCAGCUCUACUUUAAGAGUGAUCCACAAGAAGGUGCAAGCUUACUUAUUCAGCAGGGAUUGAUACCAAAGAUGGUAUCUUGGUUUGAAAGAACAAGAGAAUUCCUGAUGCUCAUAGAGCCAGCUCAAAAUAAUUCUUUGAUGAAACUUGUUGAAGAUUUCUUUGACUCUGCAUUGGUGAUUUGCAAGUGUGACAAUGAAGGGAAGAAGCAAUUGCUGGAGUUAUUCUUACCUGAUCUAGGACAGCUAGUGACGGAAGGUAACAUAAGCUGUGCUGUGCGGCAGGAGGCUUUGAGAACUUUCAACUCUUUGCUGGACAGUGUACCACGGGAGGAAAGGAAAAAAAUCCCUUUAUCUGAAGAAAUGUGUGCACUUACGAAAGAUCUUGCAAAAACAAUUCUGGAAGUUGGUGAUUACGACCUUCAAGUUGCUCUUUCAGAAGCACUGUGUAGGUUGAUGACAAAGAAAUGGAGGGAUGACCUUGUUCACCACUGGUUUGAAGAUAAUUAUCUUGCUGAGGCUUUCAAGGAGAUAAAGGAUCGAGAAUUUGAGACGGACUGCAGAAAAUUUCUUAACCAACUAAAUGACAGACUUGGGGAUAAAAGACGAGUAUAUUCAGUUCCUUGUACAUUUGCUGUUGCUGACAUGGAUGAGGUAAAGAAACCAUCUGAUGAAAAACUGGAGGAAUUUUGGAUUGAUUUCAACCUUGGAAGUCAGAGUUUGACUUUCUAUAUAGAUAGCCCUGAGGGUGCUCUUUGGGAAUCUGUGCGCCUGUCAAAGGAGGCAGUUAGUAGUUACAGUGUUAAAGAGGUUGAUGGACAGAAGGAGGUGAAAAUUCUCAUGAAGCAUCCUGCCACAGUCCAUGGUAGAGAAGUAACAAAAAUCAAACUAGUUUUCACUACCCAGUUUGAUAUUUUAAGUGUGUUAAAAAAAAUCCUGGGAGAAGACAAAAUGAUGAUAAUUAUGGGUCAAGAGGAUGCUGUCAGUGAGGAGUCACAAACAAGACAAAAUGGAACAUUAACAACGUGUGAAUCCCCUUACCUAGAGCAGACCAAAGAUACUUCAAGCACUGAAAAAACAGACUCUUUAUCAGACAUCCUGGCAUCUCAAUAUAGCGAUCAGACAGGGACCCCGCUUGCACAGAUGAUCAGUUCAAGUGUAAGUACAAGCACAGCAAGUCAACAAACUGAGAUGAGUGUUACUAACCAUGUGCAAGCUCCAGAGACUGAAGCAGUCAUUUCCCUAAUACCCUCUGCAAAGUUUAAAACUCCAUCCCCAAGAAUGAGUGAUAAACCCAGUGAGUUACCUGUGGUAGAAGAUCCUGAUAUUCAGGUUGUAAGAGAACUUUCUCCAAAGGAUGAUGCACUGGAGAAGAAAAAACGAAGAACAAGCUUGGUCAGGCAAAGGAUAGACCUGAAGGAGGAUUCUUACAAGUUUGAAACUUCAUCUGACCCUGGAAGUCACGCAGAGGUCACUGAAGCAAAACAAAAAAUUCUUGGCCAAAGGGUUUAUGAAAAUGGAAGUGCAAAACGAGAAUCAAGCAAAGUCAGUAGAAGACUGUCUGAUUAUAGGAAGCAUCUUUUCUCUGAAAGUAACCAUGAAACUACAAGCAAUAGUCAAAGUGAAAAAAGCUGGAUCCUUGAUUCUCAGAAAAAACCAUUGCCAAAAAGUCAGGACUAUACCCGGAGAAGGCCAAGGCUCAGAAGUAAGUUGAAAGUGUUGCCAUUGUCAUCUGCAAGUAGUGGCAGUGAUUACCAGACAAAGAAAGUUGGUGUUUCCAGGCCGAGAGUUCAUCAGGAUAUACUGAGGAAAGAAACUAAAUCCAGUACAGCAAUGCUUGAUUUGUCUGCAGUGAGAUCUGGUGACUUAGAAACAGAAGAUCUUACACUACCAUUUAAUGAAUCUGUCCAUGGGCAUUCUGACACUGGAGAGAGGAUGUCUCAGAAAUUUGAGGACAUGUCCAGUAAACUAGCACCAGAUGAUAAAAAAUACAGGAAUAAAAGAAAAGUCUCAGAUUUAUCACCUGGUGAUGUUUUAAGAAAGCCUAAACUUAUGAGAUGGGAAACCAAUCUUUCCUCUCCUAGUGUUUCCAGUGAACCAAGGAACCUUUUUGUUACAGUGGAAAAGAAAAACAAACCUCAAACAGGCCAAAAAACAGAUGAUUUGGAUGAUGUCUUUUACUCCAAGAUGCUGGAUGAAGAUGUCAGUGACACUGGUGUUAUUGCUGCCUUUGAAAGCUUUACUAACCAACUAAAGAAGACGUUCUGGUCCAAGUACAAAAGAAUGGAGAUUCUUGCACAAAAUGCUUUGAAAGUUUCUGAAAAGACGGUGUCAGCAUUAUUAAAUCAGAUACAUCAAUGCAGACUGAAUAAACUGGAAAACUUCCAUAAGAUCGUCGUCCAGGAGCUUGCUACUCUUGAGGAGGAUGCUCAAACUUUAUCAGGCCUUGAGAAGGCCACUGUGGAUUUUUGGAAUAAGCAGUCCAUCAAACUGAGCUCUUUCUGUGACAACCAAAAGAAAAGAAUUCAGGCUAUAGAUUCAGUGCUGGAGGAAACUACGAAGAGUUUCAAAGACACUGUACAAAAUGCCAAGUAUGAACACCUGGUGGAGAAGGUGGAAGAAAGUAGUAAGGUGGUCAUUGUUCCAUCUGAUUAACAAAAUGCUGGAAUCAGACUGCAAACCAGUAUAUUAAGACUUCAACCACUGGAUAUAGGGUAUAUAGAUAAACAGUGGAUCUUGUAAAGGAUAUGCAAGAUGGCCUUUCUCAAUAUCUUUUCACUCUUAAAAUAAAGGCAAUGCUAUUACUGA